AGAGAACGCCCAACGUGUCAGUCGGCGUCCAAGAUCUCCAGUAACUCCUUGCGGUGACUGGUUUGAUCAGACUAUUUCAACCCACCUCUGCUUACAUUUAAAUCCCCCGGCAAUGGACAACAUUAAAGACGGGUGGUUCACCGAAACAUGCACAUUAUGGCCUGGCCAAGCGAUGAGUCUUCAAGUGGAAGAAUUGUUAUAUAAUAAAAAAUCCAAGUUCCAGGACGUGAUGGUUUUUAAAAGUAAGACAUAUGGAAAUGUGCUGGUUUUGGAUGGGGUCAUCCAGUGCACUGAACGAGAUGAAUUUUCCUAUCAAGAAAUGAUCGCCAAUCUACCUCUGUGCUGCCACCCUUGCCCAAAGAAGGUUCUCAUCAUUGGUGGAGGAGACGGUGGUGUCCUGAGGGAGGUUGUCAAGCAUCCGCUGGUGGAGUCUGUUGUUCAGUGCGAGAUUGAUGAGGAUGUAAUAAACGUCUCCAAGAAGUACCUCCCUGGAAUGGCAAAAGGCUUCUUCAGCCCCAAACUUACUCUGCAUGUAGGCGAUGGCUUUGAAUUUAUGAAAAAGAAUCAGGAUGCCUUUGACAUCAUCAUCACAGACUCGUCAGACCCUGUCGGUCCGGCUGAAAGCUUGUUCAAAGAGUCUUACUAUCAGCUCAUGAAAACAGCACUUUGUGAGGGAGGAAUUCUCUGUUGUCAAGGAGAGUGUCAGUGGUUGCAUUUGGAGCUAAUCAAGGAAAUGCGGACCUUCUGUAAGACCCUCUUUCCUGUAGUGGACUAUGCAUACUGCACCAUUCCAACAUAUCCAAGUGGACAAAUCGGCUUCAUGCUUUGCAGUAAAAAUCCGAAAACAAAUUUCCGUGAGCCAUUGCGAGAACUAACAAGAGAUGAGAUUGAGAGCGUGAGCCUGAAAUACUACAAUCCUGAAAUCCACCGUGCUGCUUUCAUCCUCCCGGAAUUUGCCAGAAAGGUACUAAGUGAAGCGUAAAUGGCUUCAUGGGUGCCAUCCUGUCAACAAGCUGCCUUCUGUGAAAGCAGAACAAAACCCUCACUACAGCCGCAGUAGCUCCCACAGCGCAUCCCUCUCUGGCUUCAUUCUGAUUGGUCAAUGGACGGUUACAAGUGCAAAUGCCUUCUGUGGGGACAUUCUCCGUUUCUCUGUCCAGUUCCAUCACUGCUUCUGUCAAGUCUUUUGAGUAGUUUGGUUUUGGUUUACUUUUACAAUUCCACUUCCCACAUCCAGCUUUAGAGCUAUACAAACAGACAAUCAUGCAUGUUCUGCCAUCGAUUCUUACUUUCUCUAAACGAAAAAAGAGGGCAAUGUUCCACCAGAGCUGUCUUGUUUGGCAUUACUCACUCAAAUAAGCACACAGGUAUUUUAAAUAAACUGCAUAUACCCAAAGACUAACAGGUCAGUGACAAUUAUACAUUUUCUUAACAUGCAGCUGUCAAACAAAAGGAAAUCCUAUUUAGUAUUUUAAUAAUUUCUAAAACUAUAAUCAAAGUAUUUUUUCUUUCAUGCUUAGCCUGUGAAGGUGGCAUAUGGGGACUCUGUGGGUGACUUGUGUGUUCUGGCUCUCAUGAAUCCUGAUUACAUGAUGUGAUUUGUGUAGAGCAAAUCUGUGUUUGGUAUGCAGCCUUUUUGAGUGAUAUGCUAUGGUGUAUUGCAAACAUGCUUAUGGUCAAUGGACUCUACUAUGAUGGAAAGGUUUUGAGGUGUCUUUUAAUCUUACAUACUGGAAGUCUCAAACAAUGAGACAUCUUAAUAUUGAGCAUAAUUAUGGAGGUGUACUUCAGGAAAAAAUAAUGAACUGUAUUUGUUGGAUAGCUGAAAAUGAUCAUGUCUUUUAAGGCUAGUUGCAUAGGACAAACUAUUUUGUACUGUCAAGUUUUACUGUGUGGAAGGGUUUAUCUGUACUUUUACCGUUUCAUGAUGUAAAUUUCAUUUUGCGAAUUUCAUAAAUAGUUUUGAAAUAAUAAAAAGGUGUAUCACAA